GUAGCAAAGAGUGUAUCCCUCCGCCUGCACAAUGAGUUGGAAUCAGUGCAGGAGAAGAACUCCCGGCUAGAGUGGGAGAAUGAGGCACUGCGGGAGAUGCAGCAGGAGCUGGAGGUGGCGAAGCAAGUUCUGCAGGCCGAGAUGGAGAAAGCCAGAGAGGUACUACUACUUUUACACACCACCAUCAACUACUACUAUCCACCACCCACUGUAUUAGUUUAACCCACUGCCCUCAGUGGUAUCCUUUUAAACAUUACCCCACCACUAACCCACACCGCUCUGGUUCACAGUCCUAUUCCUUCAUAUACUAGUAUAUACACUACAGCUGCCCCAUUCCACCCAGUUAGGUACUCCCCCAUCUAUCCUGCUGUCACUCUGAGGUGAGGUGACACAUGACCCUGACUGGAUCCUAGGGCUUUGCUGGGCUGAAGACUGCGGGCAUUGCUAGCAGCUGACUGCUGGGUGGUGGGCGUGGGAGACGGGUGUGGCAUGUAGGAGGCUGAACAUGGGGGGCACAGCUGACAUUCUUCUCACCAGGCAACCUGGUCUCAGAGCAUUUCAUAUUAUUCUGUACGCAAAUCCGAGACACUCCAUUUAGUAUGAUAUGUUACGUUUGGUAUGAUUACAUAAGACAGAUGGUUACUUAAGGAAAAAACGAAAGUAGGGUAUGUGGGCGUAUAAUUCAAAAGUCUAGCAACCCAAAGGUUGCGAGUUCGAAUCUCAUCACGGACAACUUUAGCAUUUUAGCUAAUCAGUAACUUUUCAACUAGCUACUUUGCAACUACUUAUCAUGUUAGCUAAUCCUUCUCCUAACCUUAACCCUUUUAGCUAACCCUCCACCUAACCCUUUUAGCUAACCCUUCCCCCUAACUCCUAAACUCAACCCUAACCCCUAGCCUAACUAACGAUAGCGAGCUAGCUAACGUUAGCCACGUAACUAGAAUUGGUAACAUAAUACGAAUUGUAAUUCAUAACAUAUCAUACGAAAUGGGUGAUGGACAUCCACAAAUGAAUACAUACCAUACAAAAUGUAACAUCAUACUAAACGGAGUGUCCCGGAUUUACGUACAGAAUAAUAUGAAAUUCUCUGAGACCAGGUUGCACCAGGGAUUACAGAGAGAGAGAGAAAGACGGACCAAAAUAGAUCAAUAGCUCUCUCUGUCUCCUCUCUCUCUCUCCUCUGGUUCUAUUAAGCAUGGGUAAAUCUGGGUAAGGAGGAUGUAUUACGGCAUCAAAAAGACAGUGGUUUAGGUACUGGCAUGCUGGCAUAUUAUCACUGAAUGUCAUCAACUGGCGACCAUGGAGGAGCCCAGGUCUUUUAUUAUAGUGCAGUGCAGUCCAGCUACACGUGCUUUAGUUUAAUCCAGGAUUCAGUGCUUUGGCGUCAGCUCAGCUGCUACUCCCUCUGAUCCUGACUAGGAAAUCCACUUAGAUGACCUAAUCUGGGCAGACUAGUACCAGGGAAGCUAGUCAACAUGGAAGAACUACUGUUACUGCAAGUUGUCUGUGUGGUUUGCUGCCUUGCUUAUGGAACUGAGUCCUGAAGGGUAGUAUUACUCACAUAAUAUUUAUAUGUGAAAUGCAGAAUCAUGCAGUUCUACUGGCGAUUAUAGUUUUUUCAAUGCCAUUCACUGCCUCUGGGUUAGUUCAUUAACAGACCAACAGAUAGGGUUAUAUUAAUGUGGUUAUUUAUUCGUAAUUCCCACUGCAACGCCUCAGUAAGAUGAUUAUUUUUAGUCCUUUUAACCUCUUUGACCCCUGCCUGCCACCAGAUAAAGCUGCAGACAGAGACUGACAUGGUGACACCAGCCUACAUUCCUCUCAUAGUCAGCACUGAAAACAUACCAACUCAUACAUGAAGUGCUGCACUCUAAUGGAACUUUCUAAGAGAGAGAAAAAUAGUGAGUUUGUAAUGGAGCUAAUUCAUUUGUGUACAUAUAUACUUUGACUCUCUUGGUUUGUGUUUCUUAGACACUGCAAAUGCUGUGAGAAAACACUGAUUUCCUGUAAGAAUGUCUAUAUUAAUGUCAAAGACACAGGAGUGACAGACAGGAAGGAGACAGGCGAGGAGAGCUGAAAGAAAGAGGGGUUCAUUCUUGGAUGACAUUUGACAAAUAUAUCCUCUCCUCUGUCAUGUUUUCAUGGGGUGGUAACGAUGCUGUGAAUAGUACUGUUGAAUCUUCAGCAUUCUUUGACAUUUGUUAUACUCCACAGAGUUCUUUGAAGAGGAGAAAUGCUAGAUCACAAACCUGCAAGACUGAGAAGAAGCUGUCUCCUCAGGUAAAGUUUAAUGUUAUUAUCAUGUUAUUAACAUCUUAAAUAGCUUAUGACUGCAUAUCACAAGUUAGGAUUCUUUAUAUCUGUGUGAUUUGAUUCCUCAGGAUGACAGUGCUGAUCUAAAGUGCCAGCUCCACUUCGCAAAGGAGGAAUCAGCUCUCAUGUGCAAGAAGCUGACCAAGAUGGUGUCGGAGAGUGAGGGCAUGCGUGAGGAGCUGGCAAAGUACCGCUCGGCCUACGGAGAUGUAGACGCUGCUGCCCACUCCUCUGAGGGUGGCACUGCUAAUUCCCCACACACCAGGGAGGCAGAGGUCAAGGUUCACCUGCGGCUGGUGGAGGAGGAAGCAACGCUCUUGAGCCGCCGUAUUGUAGAGCUGGAGGUGGAGAACCGUGGUCUCCGGGCGGAGAUGAGCGACAUGAGGGAUAGUGGUAGAGGAGGAGGAGAGGAGGAAGAGGAGUCACCGCAGGAGAAGGCCAGGGAACAUGGGGAUUUACCACCAGCCCAUGUUAGGGAUGCAGAGGGAGGUGAAAGGGGUUUGACAAUGGAGUACAUGCAGUUUGAGGAAGAGGCGAGGGAGGGACAGAGGAGAUGCGUGAUUAAGUGUUCUCAGGUGGAAGUAAUGGAAAUACAGCAUAGAGACCAAUCCCAGAUGGAGAGGUUGGGUCCCCUCAAUCAGAGCCCUCGAGAGGGGCCUGCAGGUGGGGAACGGGAGCCCCUGGACAACCAGCACAGUGAUACAUGCAGAGGCAGUGUUGCCAAUGCCUUGAAUGCGAAAGAUCAUGAGGCCCUCCUUGCCUUGCGAGAUCAUGCCUGCCUUGUGACUUCAGCUAUCCAGCUUCUUGCCUCACCGGCCAAAAAUGGCCACAGCUACCCCCCCUUAUCUCCCCACCUUACCCGGGCAAAGUCUUACCCUCAGGGUAAAGCCCAGCCUCUGGCUCUGGAUCCACUCAUGCAAAGCCACCUGUAUGAGGCUCUGGAGCUUCUGCAGGCCAUGCUGUUGGCCUUAAUUGUGAGGGUGGAGAGCCUGGUGACACCAGGAGGACAGUUGAGGGUUGAAGGGGAUGGGGAUCCCACCGUCAUCCCCUCCCUGGCUGAUCAGGACACAAAGAACAACACAGAGGUCUUAGCCAAGCAGGAAACUGGUGAAGGACUGCGCACAGUAGUACUGAAGGAGAAAGUGAAACGGGCAACACAGUCAGACCACCUCGACAGCUGCAUGGACCCCAUAAUGCAGCUGACCUUAAAGAUGCUCUGGGUCCUCCAUCAGCACUGUCUGAGGAAGGGAUCUGGCCUGGAGGACAAGGAGGUAUGAGAGGAGGGGAAUGUAGGGGAACAUGAAUUGCAACAUACUGUAACUGACAUUUUCAUAAAUCAAUUUCUUUCUGCAAGUAACCAUGAAAGCCAAGAUUAAAAGUAUGUUUUACUGUUGGUUUUUACAGAGCAGAGAUCCUACGACUAUGUCUAUGCUACACGGGUUGUUGCAGUAUUUGGGUACAGAGCUGCAGGACUCAGAGGACAGCAUGGCAGGACAGGAUUCCAAGGCCACAUGGGCAUCAGACUGGAACGGUUUCAUCUCCAAGGUAAGCUAAUGCCACUGUCCCGCUGUGGGCUCAGCCUAUGAAGUGACUGUCCAAUUAAAUAAGUUGAUAUGACUGUGAUAUAGUACUUAAAGGGCAAUUCCACCACUUUUCAACCUCAUAUUCAUGAUCUCCAGCACCAUACCAGUGUCUACAUACACUACCGUUCAAAUGUUUGGGGUCACUUAGAAAUGACCUUGUUUUCCAAAGAAAAUAUUUUAUUUUGUCCAUUAAAAUAACAUCAAAUUGAUCAGAAAUACAGUGUAGACAUUGUUAAUGUUGUAAAUUGCUAUUGUAGCUGGAAACGGCUGAUUUUUUAUGGAAUAUCUACAUAGGCGUACAGAGGUCCAUUAUCAGCAACCAUCAGUCCUGUGUUCCAAUGGUACGUUGUGUUUGCUAAUCCAAGAUUAUCAUUUUUAAAGGCUAAUUGAUCAUUAGAAAACCCUUUUGCAAUUAUGUUAGCACAGCUGAAAACUGUUGUGCUGAUUAAAGAAGCAAUAAAACUGGCCUUCUUGAGAUUAGUUGAGUAUCUGGAGCAUCAGCAAUUGUGGGUUCGAUUACAGGCUCAAAAUGGCCAGAAAUAAAUAACUUUCUUCUGAAACUCGUCAGUCUAUUCUUGUUCUGAGAAAUAAAGGCUAUUCCAUGCGAGAAAUUGCCAAGAAACUGAAGAUCUCGUACAAUGCUGUGUACUACUCCCUUCACAGAGCAGCGCAAACUGGCUCUAACCAGAAUGGAAAGAGGAGUGUGAGGCCCCGGUGCACAACUGAACAAGAGGACAAAUACAUUAGUGUGUCUAGUUUGAGAAACAGACGCCUCACAGGUCCUCAACUGGCAGCUUCAUUAAAUAGUACCCGCAAAACACCAGUCUCAACGUCAACAGUGAAGAGGCGACAUCAGGAUGCUGACCUUCUAGGCAGAGUUGCAAAUAAAAAGCCAGAUCUCAGACUGCUCAUCUUAAACUUUUAUUUUUAUUGGCCAGUCUGAGAUAUGGCUUUUUUACUACAAAACAUAGAAACCCGCCGUUUUCACAUAUGUAGACACUGGUAUCAUGCUGGAGAUGUUGAAAAGUGGUGGAAUGGCCCUUUAAGUACAUUGUCCCUUACAAUGAGGGAUACACCACUGUUAUGUUCUAAGGCAAGGAGUGUAUCAGACAGAUAUCCUGAUUCUGAGAAAUCACCAAAGACUGUAAUACCUUACUAUUUCUUGUAAUAUCUCAGAUGGAGUGCAGCACUGGUAAGACUAGGGCACAGGGCUAUUCAGUCCAGCCAAGUCACCCUAUGGACACACAGAGUGAGAUGACUGAGGUAAGGAAGUAUUUUAUUUUCUCUCUUCCCCCUUUUUUCUGUUUCCUCCAGCCGCCAGGCGCCCAUUUCCAUCUGUCCUGUGUUGUGUUUGGGAGCAUGUGAUGGGAUGGGAUUCAGCAGUAAGCCCAGCUGAUGGCUUCUAUCUGGCAGGGAUUCCCCCUGGCCUGCCUGCACUCAGUACACCCAUCAUAAGAUCAAUUGUGCCACAGUAUUUAGGCUAAGCUCGUGGGGGCUACUGCCAAAAGCAGGACUGCUGGACCGGCAUGUGCAUCGACUACAUUACAAGACUCAGACAGAGACAGAGAGGGAAAAUGUGUGAGUAAGAAAGGGAAAAGGUGAAAGAAAAGGAGAAAGAGGGUGAAAGGGAGAAAGAGGGUGAAAGGGAGAAAGAGGGUGAUAAAAAGCAGAGUGUGGGAGAGAAACUUGGAAUGAAGUGUGGGUAGAAAAGAAAGUGCCCUGAACUCAUGUGACUCACUCUACUUCCCGACUUUGUGGUCUGAGGAUAGUUGUCCAAAAACAAUAGUAGGCUACAUUUCAAGUGUAAAACACUCACAUUCUGUUUAUCCUAUGUACGUCUAUUCGUCACUUUAAAUGCUCAAAACGCUAAACGGGGAAGUGGUUUCUCCCACCACAUGUUAAAUGAUAACUUAAAACAGGUUUGUGGUCUCCAUGAUUACAUUUUAAUGUAUAGAAUAUUAUUUUCCUGGCAAACACAAUAGCAAUUUAAAUCAAAUAAAAACAAUUGUAAAUAUUUUAGUUGUUGCCAGGAGAAAGACAGAAACACAAGACAAAGCCCAGUGAGUCUGUGAAUUAGGAAGAGCAGACAUUUUUUUACAUGGCUGUUUUCCAUGUGUUUCUCUGCUCUUUCCACCAUAAUCUGCAGACUCUUAUUUCUUCACAGACAGGAAAUAAGAUCAGACCAGAAAGCUCUACAUUUGGGUCCAAGAAGAACUGGUGCUAUCUCAGCCAUGAGGCUGCUCAGUUGGACAGAGGGGACCCGUUUAAGACCUGGGACCAUCCCAUCAUGCCUCCUAGCUUCCGUAAUCUACACUUGGACCAGUUGUCCCUGGAAAGGAGCCACACUGCCCCAGAGAAAACCGUCCUCCGCAUCUACUUCAGUCCCCUGUCUGCAAGGAGAGUCCAUCUGGCUCAUCUUAGGCACAGCACCAACACUGAUAGAAAUGGUACUACCAGUGUAAUCUCCACCGGUCUUAGUACGUCCCGAAGCUCUCUCACUCCCCUAUGUCUGAGGCUCUCCGCUAACUUGAGCGACGACAUGAAGGAGAUGACAGCUAGCUUACGACAGGCAGUUCACUCCAGUUCGCCAGAGAGGAGGAAGGGGAGGGUGAACAUGAGUGGGGGGUGGACGGUGGAUGUCGCCACCUCAGGGACUCAGACCCAGAUGCACCCACAGAUGGUGAGUGUGGGUCUACAGACGGAUGGGCCCUACAGUAUCGGUUCAGUGAGAGCCUCCCCUUCACGGCUUUCUGCCCGUGCUCAACAAAUCUCUACUUCCCUGGAGAGGCUUCCAGGUAGAACAGAAAGGCCCAAGUCGGGCUCCACCUCCCCUAAACUGUAUCGCAGACACUCUGCCUCUGCUUCAUCUCCAUCUUCCAUCACCUCCUCCUCCUCUUUCCCUUCCUCCACAACUGGUUUCACCACCACCACGUCCAACACCACAACCCCCAACUCCUCCACCCCUGGCAGCGAGCGUGUUUUAUGGGGCCUGUCCCAUCGUGGUCCAGCUGGGUCAACAUGGGCCCGCUCCACCAAUCCCAGAGCCGGUCCAGGGCUUAUCCACCAUAGUACAAUAAACAGUGAGUUGAGCAGUGGUGGAAACAACACUAAACCCACCAGCAAACCUGCUGGGGCCAACCGGUACGGCCUAGUCACUGAGUUCCUACGCAAAAUGAGUGGUCGGGCAGACAAGCCAGCCCCAGCACCAGCAUCAGGCGGGGGCCAGAAGGGGAAAUGCAGUCCAACUCAUAAAACCCUGGAGCGAGGGCCCUCUCGUCCCCCUGCUGCACCAGUACACAGGAACGACAGUGUCACCAGGAUUGUGAACCAGAGGUUCAUGAAGCAGAGAGAGGAAGCAUGCAGGGGCCAUAUAUGCCCCAGUCAGAACCAGGCUGUCAGAAGAGAACUGAGCCUGGAGAGUAACGUGACACUGGAUGUAAGUACAGAAGGCCUACCCAACACAGGAUCCACACACUGAAUACAUACUGUACUUCACUCAUAUUCAAUUUAGUGGCUAAUGUAUGUUAUUCCACAUGGUUUUGAGAAAGGAAUAGGCAUAAAUCAUAAAAUAUACUCAACAAAUUAACAUGCUAUAACCGUUUUUAUUUCAUUCUCUCUCUCCCUCCCUCUUUCCCUCUCUCAGGAUAGGAACUAUGACUGUAGCAGUUCCAAGUCCUUGUCCUUCUGCUUUGCCCGAUCAUCUCGCUCCUCCACCCAACGAAACGCCUUGACCCCGACCAAGCUACAGCGACAUAGAUACUCCUCAGCUGUAAACGGUGGUGGGUCAGGAGAGCCCAACUCCAACUGUGAGUGA